AUGGUACAUGCAUGGUCGAUGAAAGUUAAAGUUGUAAUUCGUGCCAUAGGAGAAAACUUGUUUGCCUUCCAAUUCUUUCAUUGGCGUGAUAAGGAUAGAGUAAUGGCGGGGCGGCCAUGGUGCUUCGAACAAAACCUUCUUCUCCUUAAUGACAUAACAGGGAACAAACAACCAAACAAGGUGGUACUUACCCACUCCCCCUUUUGGGUCAGAAUUGAGAACCUCCCGUUCAAUUGUCGUUCGAAUGGCUAUGUUAAGGCGAUCGCUGCAAAACUAGGCAACCUAAUGGAGAUUGAGGAGGAUUUGUUGGGGAUUGAAAAGGAUCGGAGGGUGCGGGUGAUGAUGGACGUAAAUAAACCGCUACAUCAGUCCCAGAAUGUGGUAAACAGGGAGGAUAUGACUGUUAAGAUCAAGUUGAAGUAUGAGAGGUUGCCAUUUUUCUGCUUCAUGUGUGGCAUCAUUGGGCACAGCGAGAGAGAUUGCACUGUGUUAUCGGAGGAGCAACAAAAACGUGGCCCGACGUGGGGAAUGGGGUUGAAGGCUUCACCAAGGAAGGGCCAUAUGAACAAUGUGGAGGGGUUGAAGGAAAUUAAUGCAACAAAAAAGGCUUUAUUUGUUACAAAACCUUACGCCUAA